GCGAGUAGCGAAAGUGAAAAUCUCUCUAUCCCAGCACGGAUGCCGUGUCCUCACGCCCGUGACCCCGGGCUGAGCCGGCUGUCCCGUAUCUGGAGCUCUCGCCGCUUUGGAGAGCUGAUGUCGCAGGGGCGCGGCGGGCAGGAGCGGUCGGAGAGUCAUGAAGAAGAUGACAGGAAGGUAAGGAGGAGAGAAAAAAAUCGAGUUGCUGCACAGAGGAGCCGGAAGAAGCAAACUCAGAAAGCAGAUAAACUUCACGAGGAAUAUGAGUCUCUUGAGCAAGAAAAUACCUCCUUAAAAAGAGAAAUUGGAAAGUUAACAGAUGAAAUGAAACACCUGAGUGAAGUGCUGAAGGAUCAUGAAAAGAUCUGUCCACUAUUGCACUGCACCAUGAACUUUGUGACCAUACCACGGCCUGAUGCACUUGCCAGCUGCCUGCCAAGAUGAGUGCUCUCCUCAAUCACCCUUCAGUGUGAUGUGUGAAAGUGCCCUUUACAGGAAUUUUAAAGAACUACCUACUCAUGGUGCAACUCUUCCAUCUAAGAGGUCUGGACUUGACGAUGCAGCUCUUCUCCACGUUGAAGUGUUAUAGUCUUCUGAAUCUCAGGAUAACACCAGUAGGGAAAAAGACAGUUCAAACUGCAACUUCUUAUUUGGUAGAAUCUGAAGCCAUGGUUUUGCAUUCAGAAAUGUCAAAGUGCAGUGCAGCCCACUAUCGAGCGAUGGAACGUAGACAGGGAAAAGUGCCGACCUCGGACUGGGAUGCCUUUCUCCCACACAUCCACUGCCAGUGACCCUUUGUAACCUGCCAUCCAUGUAUAUCAUGUCCUGGCUGCUGUUUUUUAUAUCUCUAAACAAGUUUGGUUAAUAAAAGCAAUGUCCCAUCUUUA